AUGCUUGAUCCAAAUAAUCUAUCAACGAGCGAUAUUAGUAAACAACCAAAAUUUAAAUUCCUAGUAGUGGAUUCAGGUCCUUUAAUUAAAGGCGCUGACGUUCGUCAUUUAGCCGAAAAAGUUUAUACAAUACCAGAAGUAAUUCUAGAAAUUCGUGAUAAACAUUCUCGCGAUUUUUUAACACAAAUUUCUUUUGAUAUUGAAACUAUACUUCCUAAUGAUGAGGCCUUGAAAGAAGUUGUAAAUUUUUCGAAAAAAACUGGUGACUAUACAAGUUUAUCUGCCAUUGAUUUGAGAGUCAUGGCAUUAACAUAUAUGCUUGAAGUUCAAUCAAAUGGCACGGAAAGAUUACGUAAAGAACCUGUUAAAUCUCAUACACAAUUUGGUGGCAAUCAGAAGAAUUUGAAAAAAGCUGAAAUUGACACACCUACCCCUCAGUGUGACGAUGAUGAUGACGACGAAGAAGGAUGGAUAACACCUGACAAUAUAAUGAAAUAUCAAGAAAAAGAACAAAUUUUAAAUGUAAAAACAAAGAAAGAUGAAUCCGUGGAUAUUAAAGUUGCAUGCAUGACAACUGAUUAUUCCAUGCAAAAUGUUUUGUUACAAAUGGGUUUGAAUUUAGUCUCCGUUGAAGGAGCUAGAAUUAAAAAAGUGAAAAGUUGGGUUCUUCGGUGUCAUGCGUGUUUCAAAAUAACUACCAAUAUGGAAAAACAAUUUUGUCCCUCUUGUGGUGGUGCUACUUUAAUUCGCACAUCAACUAGCACAGAUAUGAACGGCAAGGUGACUUAUUAUUUAAAAAAGAAUUUUCAAUAUAAUCUACGUGGAACAAAGUAUUCAAUACCAAACCCGAAAGGUGGUCGUAAUGCCAACAAUCUUAUUCUUCGCGAGGAUCAAAAAGAGUAUCAAAAGGCCUUGAAGAAUUAUCGUAAACAAAAAGAAGUGGAUAUAUUUGACCCGGAUUAUGUACCUAAACUUUUCAUUGGAUCUGGCUCUUCGACUUCUUGUGGAGCUCCAGUGGUUGGCUAUGGUCGUAGAAAUCCUAACGAAGCUACGCGAGGGAAGGGUAAAGGAAAGAAAAAACGAUGA